AUGAAUUACCGAGGAAUAUCAUUGUUGCGUGUAAUGUACAAAGUUUUGGAGCGCAGCAUCUUGGGUCGACUAAACUUACAUCGCGAAGAAACCACUCGCGACAAGCAAGUCGGGUUUCGCGCUGAUCGACCGACGAUUGAUCAGGUGUUUGAUGUUAAGAGAGUGGUUGAAGUGUGGCAGCGGUAUUCGAAGCCUCUACAAUGGGCUUUUUUGGACUUCAAAGCCACUUUCAACUCUCCUCACCGAGUCCGUCUUCUCAAUUCGCUUCGCUCUGGUGGAGUUCAACAUCUUGCCCGGCCUUUGAAGUAG